AUGGAAAACCUCCCCGACAACCGCACCUCGACGGGACACGACCCCGCCCUCCGGCGCGAAGCCAAGAACACCCCGACGGAAGAAGGCAUCACGGCCCCCAAAAAGCCACUGCCGCGCCAGCCACGAUGGACGGCCGACGACGAGAGAGCCCUGGAUCGUGCUUUCCAGCGAGCAGAGGCACCGGAGAGAAGCUACACCCCAAAGGCGCACAACACCUCCCCCGGCAAGCGUCUAGUCCCACUGUGUGCACAGGCCGACAGAGCCGACGAGGCAACACCGCCAAGAAACGAAGCCGUGGAAGCGGCAAAGCUCGCAAGGAAUGCCGCUGAACCAUCUCACGAAGGACCGGCCGCGCGACGAGGGGGGGCAGAGGCGGGCUCCGACCACGACACGGAGCCCGGACCCAGCGUCGAGGAGCACUUUCGGGGCAUGCUGGCCAUCAAGAAGAUGUCAGGCGACGGCAACUGCCUCUUCCACGCUCUCGGAGAGAACACCGGCGAGAGCGGGGCAUGCCUCCGAGCCCUAAUCAUCCAGUACCUCAGAGAGAACGCAGAAGCCGAAGAAGACGAAGAGCAAGUGCAGGCCCGGCUACAGGAAAGCCAAUACCUCCAAAGCGAUCCGGGUCACUGGGGCGGCGACACGGCCAUCAUCGCUUUCACCCGCAUGAGGCAGCAGCGAGUCCUUUUGCACUGCCGGACGCCAAACGGCGACAUCCUCACGAGCGAGCGCACGCACUCGGACGUGGACGAAAAGCAGCCCAACGCGGGCCGCACGCAGCACCGAACGCCACGGAAGUGA